CACGCCCCCGUCUAGAACAGUUCUUAGCAGCUAACAAGAACGUGAACAGCGCUUCUAAAGCACAUAGGGAUAUGUUCUUGGCUCGUAGGAGAUGCCGCUCCUCAAUUGCGCGUCACAUCGAAAGUGAGAAUCGAGAUACGCUGUACAGCGUCGGAAACGAGACAAAAUUUCGUUGGUCGGUCGUAUACCUCAUUGAUAUCUCUGUAUUAAAUUAAAUCGAAAGUUGUUCAAUGUAAUGUGUGUGUGUGUGUGUGUGUGCUACACAUUUGACGUGGACAUGCUUCACGUAUUACGCGCGUAUGUAUGUGUCGUAUGAUAUAAAUACUCCACCACAUUUUCGUCCAGCAGUAUUUCGCGUCUGCUGCGUCGCGUGUAUGUUCGUCAACUGGAGCUGACCAACCACACCGGAAAGAAUCACUCGGUGAUCACGAGCUUUGACACUGUAUGUGAAUAUCGACAAUCAGCAUAAGUUAAUAAUAUUGGAUAUAGCUUGAACUUUGACUUGUCGCUGCAGACGCGCGAUUAGAUAUGGAUAUGCUCUCGCUUAUUGGUCUGUUGAUUCUACUAUAUUACUUCAUCUAUAUUAUUAGUAGUUUCGUCCUCGAUUGUGAUAUAGCACUCGCCCUCAAGGAGAAAUUCGGUCAACCUAUCUCCUCAUUAAAAGACAAGAAGGUAUGGAUCAUCGGAGCGUCCAGCGGAAUCGGAGAAGAGUUGGCGUACGUGUUGGCCGAUGCAGGAUGUAAAUUGAUUCUGUCCGCCCGGAGAAUCGUCGAAUUACAGAACGUGAAGAAGAAAUGUUUGGAGUUAAACAAAAAUCUAAAUGAUGAUGAUGUGGAAGUAUAUCAGUUGGAUGUGCUUAAUUUUGACCAGCACAAAAAGGCGUUCGAGCAUGUGAUCAGCAAAUUCGGUCAGUUGGAUAUACUGGUCAACAAUGCCGGACGUAGCCAAAGAGCGCAAUGGGAGAACAUCGAAAUCAACGUUGACAAGGAUAUGUUUGACCUUGAUGUGUUUUCCAUCUUAUCGUUCAGCAGGAUGGCAGUCAAGCAUUUUCUACAAGUGGGCAAAGGCCACAUCGUUGUCACUUCCAGCAUCGCAGGAAUUUGUACAAUACCGUUUUCGGCAUCUUAUUGCGGUGCCAAACACGCGCUACACGGUUACUUUAACUCAUUGCCGCUAGAACAUUAUGAUAAGAAUAUUGACGUCACAAUGGUCUGUCCGGGUCCGGUGCAGACCAAUUUUCUAGCUGAAUGUUUCACGGAUAUGUCCGGCCAGAAAUACGGCGUGAACACGGCGAUUGAUCAUAACAACAAAAUAAGCGUGAAGCGUUGCGCUGUACUGAUGGGCGUCGCGAUGGCGAAUAAAAUGAAGGAAGUAUGGAUCACCAAUCCAUCCGUAUUGCAAAUUUUGUAUGCAGGUUAUUGUUUUCCGAACGUUAUGUCAUGGUUCAUGAACCAGAUAGGUGCGAAAUACUUGAUGAAAUUGCGAGACACAAACACGAAUAAAACUUACGUUGGAGAAGACAAGAAGAAGUGAUUGUAUAUGGCGUAAUAAAUUUUCUAUCUUUCCUAA